CUCACCGCCCUCAUCUGCCCCUCUCCUCUCCUCCUCUCUUCCUUCCUGCAUCCUGAAUACCUUCUUGGUCUUCCUUUCUCUUCUUCCCCUAGACAUUCAUCCAUCUCACCCCUAUCCCCCAUUUCACGCCUUCUCUCCCCCCGGUCUGGGCCUCGCUGCCUGAUUCUUCGGCCCAACCUCCCUCUAGCGCGUGCCGAACCAUGACCUACGUCUCUCGGCUCGUGUCACUGUCUGAUCUUCAGGAGCUUCAUGCUGGCUAAGUUGCUGGCGUGAUCCAAUACCGUCUGCGAAUCCUCUGCACCUUGCAUAUUCUAUCGCCUGUCUUACUUUAAUUCCCCGAUCGAUCGUCUUACACCAUCCAAUCCGACAGCUAAACCAUAUACAUUACGCCCCAACCCUCAUCGAACCACCCAUCAUGUCUGCACCGGCAUCUCCCAAAGCAUCCCUCGAUUCGGAUGAUAGCGAGGCGGGAAAGUUCAGGUCCAUCUCGUACGCUGGUGAUCGUCGUGCGGAUAGACGAAGAAAGUCAAUCCAGUUCAACAUUGGAGGCGGGGAAUCCCAACCCCCCCGACGUUCGGUCAGUCUGCAUGGUCACAAGCGACGAUCGAAUCCGGAAAUCUUCCUGGAUAGUAAGCCCCUGGAUGAGGAGCACAAGUCUGAACCUAAACCUGUGGGUAGGGGACAUUCCCCACCGCCUCCCAAGACCUACGAACGAGGUGUUUCCUUCGAUACCUUUGAUAACCCCGAUGCGGCGGACUUCUCCUUGACGCUGAAUUAUAAACACAAAGGCUACCAAUCUACCCGUCGGAGUCGUACGUUUCUCUGCGGGACGGACCAAAACGAUUACUCUGAUUUUGCUCUUGAAUGGCUCAUUGAUGAGCUGGUGGAUGAUGGGGAUGAGAUUGUGUGUCUCCGGGCUGUGGAGAAGGAUUCGAGCCUUGCAAGUGACGCUGGGAUUGAGACGGGGAAAUACCGGAAAGAAGCAGAGAAGCUAUUUGAGCAGGUGAUUCAGAAGAACAGCCAGGAUGAAAAGGCGAUUAGUUUGGUCUUGGAAUUGGCUGUUGGGAAAAUUCAGAGUAUCAUUCAACGCAUGAUUCGAAUUUACGAACCUGCAGUUCUGGUUGUUGGAACUCGUGGUCGUAACUUGAGUGGCAUGCAGAGUCUCCUACCAGGCUCGGUCUCCAAGUACUGUUUACAGCAGUCGCCAAUCCCAGUCAUCGUCGUCCGUCCAUCUACCAAACGAGAGAAAAAGAAAAAGAAGCGUCUUGCAGACCCAGCCAGACGAAGCUACAAUCAUAUUCUGGAAAUGAGUGAGCGACGGGGAAGUCGCAUAUUUGACGCGAGUUCCAGUACGGAUAGCGGGAUCUCCAAGCUCCCCGACGAGGAAGCAGCAGUUGCUGAAGCCCUUGGUCUGCCACAAUCCUAUGCCAACUCACGGAGUUCUCUCUCCAUAUCCGAAAGAAGCAGUGUUAGCCAUGACGAGCAUGAGCCGGCACAAUCGAACUGGGGCUCCCUCGAUGCUGUGAUGAAAGGAAUUCCGAAUGAAAGCCCGGCAACUACUGAGAACGAGAGUGUAUCGGACGAUGAACAGAUAGAUCGUCCGGAGAAGGACUCGGCUGCAGUGUCGGUAGAUAACAGUAACGCCUCUACUCCACAGGUUGGCGCUAUCUCGCCCAAGGAUGUAGAGACUCCCGAUUUGGAGCCUGUGUCUGACGUGUCAAAGCCUCCAUCGGCCGUGCCCGUUAUUGUCACUGAAGAUACCCCCAAAGAUGAGAGUGAAACAAAAGGUUGAGCUUUGACUUGGGUAGAGGUCCAUUAGGGCAACUUGUUUUUAUUUAUUACUUAUCUUUUUCAUCCUUGCAAGAGCGGGUGGUGAUAUGAUAAAGGCGCAUAUUCAUUACACGAGCUUAUCCAGAUGAUGAUUGCAUGCAGCAUCAGGCGUUGGUGGCUUUGAUAUCUUUCUCUCGAUACCAACGAACCUUGAAGUAUGGUGGAGACUUGUUACAUAGCGAAUAAUCAAGUGCAUUUAUUACCCCAGAGAUUUUCCAAUAAUACGAUAUAGAACAGCUG